AUGAGAAACUGGGGCCAGUCUACCUUGAAAGCGAGAAACCCGGAACCAAUCAUUCUCCUCCGAGCUGAUACCGAUGCGCUCCCAGUGCAAGAGAAUACCGGGGCACCGUAUCAUUCUGUUCACGACGGGGUGAUGCAUGCAUGCGGUCACGAUAUGCAUAUCACCACUUUGCUUGCAGCUGUAAGGCUACUUGCCGAUAUCAGAGACCACUGGACUGGCACUUUGAUAGCAUGCUUCCAGCCUUGUGAAGAAACUGGGACGGGAGCCCAAGCCAUGGUGGACGGGGGUCUAUAUGCAGACCCAGACAAAGUCCCAACUCCGCAGUUCGUCUUUGGCGGACACAUCUCUCCCGAGCUAGCUGGAACCGUUUCCCUGACGCAUGGGACCGCAUACGCUCGGUCCGACAGCUGGAAGGCAACUUUUAAAGGUAGAGGUGGACAUGCCUCGCGACCAGAAGCCUGCAUCGAUCCGGUCGUCAUGGCUGCAUUCGCCAUUACGAGACUCCAAACGGUGGUAUCUCGUGUGGUCCCUUCAACCUCCCUGGGAGUACUUACGGUCGGAGAAAUACAUGCCGGAAAGAAGAGCAACAUUAUUCCAAAUGAUGCUUACAUCACCAUCAACAUGCGCGCAGACUCGGACGAUCUCGCUGGGAAAAUGGAGGCUGAGAUGAAAAACAUCAUCGAAGCGGAAGUCAAAGCGUCGAUUCCGGAAUAUCGUGAGAUUGAGGAUAAUCCAACCCCCCCCAAUCCUGAGUUUGAGCGCUUGCUUUACGCCCCCCUCCUCGAAAACAAAGAACCCACCGCCACAGAUAUUGCGUCGGUAUUUCAAUCCGUGUUUGGCGAAGAUUUCAACGGCUUUGCCUCCAUAGUUCCUAGCUCUGAAGAUUUUCAGGUGCUUGCGUUAUGCAAUGACAAGACCAAGGAAAUCCCAUACUGCUAUUGGCGAUACGGUGGGACGUCUUUAGAAAAGUGGGAAGAGGCUGGUGGAGACGUUAACUUGGUCCCGAGCAAUCACAGUGAUAAUUUCCUUCCACAGAACGAUCCCGAGGCCGACAAUGAUCCACUGAAGUCUGGUACGAAGGCGAUGUGCGCUGCAGCAUUGAGCAAGUUCAACUUAGUCGGGCUGGAGAAUAUUGAGAUUUCCAGUACUGUUUGA